AUGUCAUUUGAUGCGCAUAAAAAAUUUCUGAUGGAUGAUAAGCACUUUGUACUAUCAAGUCAGCUGGAUAUGUUUGAAAAAUUUCGUGACAUACAUUCAAAGAUUCCAUUAAAAAACAAGAUUUUAAAUCCUGCCUAUUAUGGAAUCAUUGAUUUGACUGGUCAGCACAUUGAGCUCAAAGCCGAAUUUGCUGCUUGUGAUUGGCAAGAACUUUGGAAUCAAAUUGCUAAAUUCCACAUAAGUAAAGUUGUUGAUACAAAAAAAAAAUCAUAUCAACUUUUAGAUAGCUUUAAAUCUAUAACUCAAACAAUUGGUGAUAUCUUGAUAA